UGUCCGUCUGUCCCCAGUGUCCCCCUGUGUCCGUCCGUCCCGGUGACAUCGUGGCUGCCCCGUACCCCGGGGACGGGCAGUGGUACCGGGCCCGCGUCCUGGCCAUGCUGGACAACGGCCACUGGGACCUCUACUACGUGGACUUCGGGGACAACGGGGAGGCCCCCCGGGAGGCCCUGCGGCCCCUCAGGGGGGAUUUCCUGAGCCUGCCCUUCCAGGCCAUCGAGUGCAGCCUGGCCGGGAUCGUCCCCUCGGGGAACGACUGGGAGGAGGCCGCCCUGGAGGCCUUUGAGCGGCUGACGGGCUGUGCCCAGUGGAGGCCGUUGGAGGCCCAGCUCUGCAGCUUCUGCCCGGCCUCGCCCUGGCCCCGGCCCAGCCUGCGCCUCUUCGCCCGGCACCACGGCCAGCGCCUGGACGUGGGGGCGGAGCUGGUCCGGUUGGGAUUCGCCAUCCCGGGACCCCCCGAGGACGAUUUGGGGCCGGGAUCCCAAACCCCCCCCGCGCAGGACACCCCGGACAGUGUCACCUCCACCGCCAGCCUCGUGUCCGACCCCCCCCGGAGCGCGGGGGACACCCCGGACAGCCCGUCCUGCCGGAGCCUGCCCGAUGCCACCAGCCCCGUGCCCAGGGACACCGUCACUGUCACCUGAGGGUGCGCCCGGGGACCCGGAGCUGCUCCCGGUGACACCAUCGCUGUCACCUGGAGCUGCUCCCAGUGACACCAUCGCUGUCACCUGGAGCUGCUCCCAGUGACACCAUCGCUGUCACCUGGAGCAUCUCCCUGUGACCCUGUCACUGUCACCCGGAGCUGCUCUCGGUGACACCAUCGCUGUCACCUGGAGCUGCUUCCUGUGACACCGUCACUGUCACCUGGAGCAUCUCCCUGUGAUCCUGUCACUGUCACCUGGAGCUGCUCCCAGUGACACCGUCAUUGUC